AACUACCGGCUGAGCAAGUGGCCCGGACUCCUCUGCUGGAGAAUUAAGGCUUUCCAGGAGAAGAUGAACAUUUCCCAGGAAAGAAUGAAAAUUUUCCAUGAAAAAAUGAAAGGUUUUGGGGAAAAGUCUACAGCUUUCCCAGAAAAGAUCAAAGCCUUUUGUAAGAAGAAAAAGAGCUUCUGGAGGGAAAUGAAACCUCUCCAGGACAAUAUCAAAGCCUUCCAGGAAUACAAGGCUUUCUGGGAGAAGCAAAGAACUUUAAAGAAAGAUGAAGGAGCCUUCCAGGAGGCAGAAGAUGCUUUCACAAAAAGGAAAAUACCUUCCUGGUAG